AUGGGUAAUUCAACAAUGGCCCCAGUGCUCCUGAACAUACCUUUGGCCAUAGUGUUUGUGCUGAGCUGCAUGUGUGCCGUGCCGCUGCAGGGCCAGAAGCCGGGUCAGGUGGACCCCCUGGCGGCCCACCGGGCGAACCCGCAGUGCUGGGACUCCUCCUCGGCGCUGCUGCUGGAGAUGCGCUCUCCGAGGAUUGCUGACACGGUGCCCGCUUUCUGGGACCUGAUGGUGUUCCUCAGGUCGUCAAGCAACAGCAAACACACGGCGCUGUUCUGGGACCUGGCCCGGGUCUUCUGGGACAUCUAUGUGGACUGCGUGCUGUCCAGGAGUCACGGCCUGGGACGGAGACACAUCACCGCGGUGCAGUCCCUCAUUACCGACAUUAACCGAGGGGUGUGGAUACGUCUUCCAUCUCUGGUAGUGGAGAAAAAAUACUAG